AAACGAAGGACGAAAGUAAGUAAAUAAACAUUGUUUCUGUACUGUUCUAGAAGUGUCGGCACAUCUGAUGCAAUUCAAAUUUUAAAGCAUUAAACCCAAGUUUCUUAACUGACUAAAAAUUCUUAAAAUUUAUUUCAUUGCUACAACUUAUAGCCAAAUCAAGAUAAAGAGUGAACUUUAAUUAGUAAUUAGUUCUAAACAUGGACAACGCAAUAGGAGAAAUUUUACGAAGAUUUUUCGGUUUUGGAAAUCCAAGGAAAAGACCCGAGUAUUUCGACUUUGAUGAUGAACAACACGAAGACUGUGAUUGCAAUAACGGAGAUGAUGAUCGUGAAGGGGUAAACUUCUUUGGUAAAAAUUUUGACAUGGAACACAUGUUUGAACACUUCCACGGUGACAUGCAAAGACAAAUGGCUGCAUUACAUAGGCAAAUGGAAGACAUGAUGAAAGGAUUUGGCGUUGUAGAUUUUUCCACAGUGUUUGAAAGCCCACGUGUCCCGCUCCCUAAAGACGAUCCCACGCCCAGCAUCAACGAUAAAAGUAGCUCAGACAACGUGAUAGUGUGGGCAUCACCUUUUUUCAAACGUCCUGGUGGAGGCAUCAAGAAAAACCCCAGAGAUUUCAUGUUGAAAGAUGGUGUUGAGGAGGAUACUAAACCAGUGAUUGUCCCCCCUAAUGGAGGAACAAACAGAAUCCCCAACCUUUUCGCUGUUCCACCUACAAGUGAUGGUCUAGGUGACACUGAUCUUGAUGGUAAAAUUCCAGACAACAAACUUUUGGACAUAAUCAAAGCACCCUCAGAAGAAAUACAAGCUGUUGAGCCAUACCGGCAUAGCAAACCUGGCUUCUUCUCUUCAACCAAGUCAUACAGUUUUUCUAGGAUUAUGGGACCUGAUGGGAAAGUGGAGAAGAAGGAAGUGGUGAGGGAUUCCUCUGGCCGUGAAGAGACAACAGUCACCAGAUCUGUGGGGGACAAGUCCUACUCUUUCACCACCAUCAGGAAACCUGACGGCACCCAGGAAGAGAGGGAGACCAUCAACAACCUUAAUGAAA